AUGGAUCAAAUUAGAAACGGAUGGUUUAGUGAAAUCAGUGAAUUCUGGCCAGGUAAUUCAUUCUCUCUUCAAGUAGAGGAAGUCUUACACCAUGAGAAAUCAGAAUAUCAAGAUAUUUUAGUUUUUAAAUCAAAGACAUUUGGUAAUGUUUUAGUUUUGGAUGGUGUUAUUCAAGCAACAGAGAGAGACGAAUUCGCAUAUCAAGAGAUGAUUACACACGUACCAAUGUUUGGACAUCCAAAUCCAAAGAAGGUUUUGGUUGUCGGUGGUGGAGACGGUGGUGUUUUGCGUGAGGUCGUCAAGCACGACUGCGUUGAAUCCGUUACAUUGUGUGAGAUUGACAAGGGUGUCAUCGAAGCAUCACGUCGUUUCCUCCCAAAGAUGGCAGUGGGAUUCGAUCAUCCCAAGGUGAACCUGUUCAUUGGCGACGGUUUGGAGUUCAUGCGUAAACACAAAGGUGAAUUCGAUGUGAUCAUCACCGAUUCCUCCGACCCGAUCGGUCCAGCUCAAGGAUUGUUCGAACGUGCCUACUACGAGUUGUUGAACGAAGCGUUGGCACCAGGCGGUAUCGUCUGUUCACAGGCCGAGUCACUCUGGCUGCACUUGGCAACCGUUAAAGGUUUGACCACUUUUUGCAAAGAGAUUUUCCCACAUGUCGAGUAUGCAUACACCUCGAUUCCAUCGUACCCAGGUGGUUCGAUCGGUCUGCUCAUCUGUGGUACCAAGAACAGCUCUAAAACACCAGUUCGUCCAAUCACCCCUGAAAUCAUCGAAAAGAUGCAAUACUACAACGAAGCAGUACAUAAAGCAUCAUUUGUAUUACCACAAUUCGCCGUUAAAGAAUUGAACAUCUGA